GAGCUGUCUAACUUGCACCGUAAAUUCUAGAACCGCAUUUCCCAAUCCUUCACCCACUGGAAUUAUCCCAAUCUACGACUGCGUCGCUCUCUCUCUCUUCCAGAAGUCCACCGCCAUGAACACUGUUUGAAAUUCAUCUACUUGGAAGCACAUGAUUAGGAUUGGGAUCUGUAAUGAAUCAGUUCUUUGGUCUUGAUAUUUAAGGUUUGUAUUGAGAGACCUGGUAGAUACAAAAUGUCAAAUGGUGGAAACACACAUUGGUGUCAUCAAUGCAGGCAUCCAGUUCGGCUUCGAGGUCAUAACUUGGUUUGCCCAUAUUGCAAUGGGGGCUUUGUGCAAGAACUGAAUGAGGUGGUGGACACAGGACAACAUGAUUUCUUUGGAUUGCAUUCAGAAGAUGAUUCUGACUUUGGAUAUAUGGAGCCAUUCGUUGACCCAAGAUUUGGAAUUAUGGAUGCUUUUGCAGCUGUUAUGAGGCAGAGAAUGGCAGGAAGAAACCCAAACUUCGACGUUAGAGCAAGAUCCGGUGUAGUUCCUGAAAACAGCACACCUUUUGGUUCCAGCCCGUGGUUGGUAUUUCAUGGACAAGUCCCUGUCAGGGUGACUGAUAAUGGGUUUGAUUUCUUUUUUAAUGGUGGUCCAAGAACUGGGCGGAGGCGAGCUGGUUUUGGUGAUCUUUUCACAGGACAAGAAUUGGAAGAAUUGAUUGAACAGCUUACUAUGAAUGAUAGGCAGGGUCCACCUCCAGCACCUCAUUCAUCAAUUGAGGCUAUGCCCACCAUUAGGAUCAUGCAGAGGCAUCUUAACACUGAUUCGCACUGCCCAGUCUGUAAAGAUAAAUUUGAGCUGGGAUGUGAAGCAAGGGAAAUGCCAUGUAACCAUAUCUAUCAUUCGGAUUGUAUUGUUCCUUGGUUGGUUCAGCACAACUCUUGCCCUGUCUGUCGACUUGAGUUGCCACCACUAGGUUCUGGUUUUGCUCAUAGUAGUAAUCCAAUAUCGAGUGGUGGUGAUGGAAGCACCACCAUGAGCACUGGCGGUGACAGCAGCAGUAGGGAGAAUGGUGGGUCAAAUCAGGGAAGGAGGAGUCCAUUAUCGUAUCUGUGGCCUUUUCGCUCAUCCAACCAGAAUGGUUCUCACCAUGGUGAAAGUGGUGGAGGAAGUGGCUCAACAACCACUUACGAAGAGAACAAUGGGAUGAAUUACCCUCAAUGGCCUUACAAUUACUGAUAAGUUUGUCUCUAUUGCUGCCUUUGAUUUGCUUUGUUUUGCUUUCUUUGUUGUGUGCCUUUCUAAUCAACUCAAUUUCCAGAUAUACUUUGGGAAAUAUGUCAGUGGAGUGCAUGUAGAAAUAUAAUUUGCCGUGCAGUUAUACGAAAGUGGUUAGUUGCUUUUGAUAAUCAGUUUGUUUGUUGUUUCCAGUUAAGGCUACUUUGUUUAUUUGCUGCUUUGGUUUUCAUUUUGUUUGAUUCUAAUUUUUUUUUUUUCUUUUUCCUGUGGA